AUGGCCACUGAUACUGUGAACACGGAGACAGAAGGCUCUGAGCGUGAGGUUAUACGCCAGUACAUCAAAAAGGUCAGAGAGCAUCGCGAGGUAGACGCUCGGCUGAAAAAGUUGCGUGCGGAUAUCAAGGCAUUAACCGUGAAGGAUGAUCAAACGGAAGAUGAUCUUAAAGCGUUGCAGAGCAUCGGUCAGAUUGUGGGCCACGUAUUGCGACCCAUCGGCCACGGCAAGCUUAUCGUAAAGGCUUCUAGUGGGCCGCGGUAUGUGGUCUACUCUAAAACCAAGAUUGACCCCUCGACAUUGGUCCCUGGUAGUCGUGUGGCGCUGGAUAUGACCACCUUAACUAUCAUGCGCAAGCUGCCUAGGGAGGUGAACCCUGUGGUUUUCAACAUGCUUAACGACACUCAAAAUCCAAGCGAUGAAAACAAACCUCUUGGAUACACUAGCAUAGGUGGCCUUGACAAGCAGAUCCGUGAGAUGCGCGAAUCGAUCGAGUUACCGUUACGCAAUCCAUACCUUUUCAAGCGUGUUGGAGUCAAACCACCCAAAGGUGUUUUACUCUAUGGACCGCCUGGAACUGGCAAAACACUGAUGGCCAAGGCUUUGGCAUCAUCAAUGGACUGCCACUUCCUGAAGGUUGUAGCAUCUGCCGUGGUAGACAAGUAUAUCGGCGAAUCGGCGAGGAUAAUCAGAGAGAUGUUCAGCUACGCCAAGGACCAUCAACCUUGUAUUAUUUUCAUGGACGAAAUCGAUGCAAUAGGUGGAAAGCGAUUUUCUCAGGGAACAUCAGCGGAUCGUGAGAUUCAACGUACCCUGAUGGAGUUGCUCACUCAUCUGGAUGGUUUUGACGACCUGGGCCAAGUCAAGAUUAUUAUGGCCACCAAUCGCCCCGACGUCUUGGAUCCGGCACUUAUGCGACCUGGUCGCAUUGAUCGUAAAAUAGAAAUUCCUCUUCCCAACGAAUCGUCUCGUGUGGAAAUUUUGAAGAUACACAGCAGCAAGCUUAACAAAAAGGGAGACGUAGACUACGUCGCAGUUUGCCGUCUGUGUGAUGGAUUUAACGGAGCAGACAUGCGCAACGUUUGUACCGAGGCGGGAAUUUUUGCUAUACGUGCGAUGCGCGACUAUGUGGUUGAGGAAGAUUUCUUCAAGGCUGCCCGAAAGCUCACUGAGACAAAGAAGCUUGAGGGAACCCUAAGUUACGAGAAGGUGUGA